GCUGCCGGAGGUAUAAAUGAAGGUUUCUCCGUCAGGAGUCUAUUCUGUUAAGUACGAGAAAAAAGAAACAUGUCUGGACGCGGAAAGGGGGCAGGAAAGGCCAGAGCCAAGGCUAAGAGCCGCUCUUCCCGGGCAGGACUCCAGUUCCCGGUCGGUCGUGUUCACAGACUGCUGAGGAAAGGCACUUAUGCCGAGCGUGUCGGUGCCGGCGCUCCGGUCUACCUGGCGGCGGUGCUGGAGUACCUGACCGCCGAGAUCCUGGAGCUGGCCGGAAACGCUGCCCGCGACAACAAGAAGACCAGGAUCAUCCCGCGCCAUCUGCAGCUGGCGGUCCGCAACGACGAGGAGCUCAACAAGCUGCUGGGCGGAGUGACCAUCGCUCAGGGUGGUGUCCUGCCUAACAUCCAGGCGGUGCUGCUGCCCAAGAAGACCGACAAGCCCGCCAAGAAGUGAAGACCCGGACCUGAAAACCCACCAACGGCUCUUUUAAGAGCCCAACACCUCCACAGCUAAAGAGCGCGUUUCUCUGAUCACUUCAACUGUCAAUAAACUCGGUCUUCAUCAUAACUCCUGAUUAAACCUCUUCGUCAGAUCAAUAAUCUAACGAUCAGCAGGUUCUGACCUGAUUCCUGACCGGGACUGCAGUAGUAUAGUGUCUAAUAUCCGGACGACGUGAGGCUAUGACCGCCCUUCCUGUUGUCUGUUUCAGGGCCUUCGUGUUUUGCUGAAUAUUAUGAACAUUUUGCUUCACAAGCCGGUUCACACUGAACCGGAACCAAUGGCUGCGACUUGGUCAGAUAGUCCUGAAGUGGUUUUAAAAAGUCUUAGCUGUCCCGUUCCAGCUGUUCUCAUCAGGUGACUAAACAUGUCCCAUGAUUUCCUGUGAUUGGUUAGAGGAAACAGCACCCUCUGGUGGACUGACAGAGCGUGCUGUUUCCUCAGAUCGUGAAUGCUGAGCGACAGUUAUUGAUUAUGUAUAUGCGGUGGUCUCCAUGGCGGAUCCACUGAGCGGGGGUCUGUUUUGGCUGUUCAGGACAUCACUGAGAAUAAACGUUGGAACACAUUGAUCAGGAGCCUCGUGCUGACUCGUCUAAAAUAUAUCCAGUGAAGAAAAGCUGAGAGAUUUUAGACUGAUAGAGUAUUUCUGUGGAACUGAGGAAGAAACAGUUUGCCAUCUGGUUUAUCUCUGUGUGUAAAAAUUCACAUUCACAAGAAGAAAUGGACUGACCAAACCAGCUUUGAUCAUUUUCUAUUAUUGGUCGACUGUCAGCUGCCUGCAGAGCAAGAAAGCUCUGAAAACUGUUUGGGACAGGUUAGGGUUAAAAAAAAUAAGACUUUUUUUAACCCUAAAUAUUCAGUUACAGUAAGUGUAGUAUAUAUAUUUAACUACACAGCAGAGUUGUACAAUGUGUCAUCUCCACCAUGUCAGUGACAUCAUCAGGGUGCGCCUGGUGGAACUGGCGGGAAGACUACGUCACUGUGAGGUGAGGAUCUGUUUACUAACAGUCAUUCAUUUAUUUCACAUCUUUCACAUGUUUUAUUCUUCGGAAUGAGGAGUGAAUAUUUAAACGUGUCGGCUGAACCGGAAGCUUUGCUCUGUCAGGGAGUCUGUGGCUCUGAAAAGAGCCUUUGUGCGGUGGGUAAACUGGUCUCAGAUCAGUUUUAAGCCCUCUCUCCGCGGAUGCGGCGGGCCAGCUGGAUGUCUUUGGGCAUGAUGGUGACCCUCUUGGCGUGGAUGGCGCACAGGUUGGUGUCCUCGAACAGGCCGACCAGGUAAGCCUCGCUGGCCUCCUGCAGGGCCAUGACGGCCGAGCUCUGGAAGCGCAGGUCGGUCUUGAAGUCCUGAGCGAUCUCCCUGACCAGGCGCUGGAAGGGCAGCUUGCGGAUCAGCAGCUCGGUGGAUUUCUGGUAGCGGCGGAUCUCCCUCAGAGCCACGGUACCGGGCCGGUAGCGGUGAGGCUUCUUCACUCCGCCGGUGGCCGGAGCGCUCUUUCGGGCAGCUUUGGUCGCCAGCUGCUUCCUGGGAGCUUUUCCUCCGGUGGACUUCCUGGCGGUCUGCUUGGUCCGAGCCAUGGUUCUCUGAUCUGUGUUGGAUGAAGAGUAGCUACCGGACCCCCGGCAGCCGCUUAUAAACCAACCGCAGACCGACGUCAGCGCUCAUUGGUCCAGCCCGAGAGAAGCCCGCGCUAAAGCUCAUCAGCUAUUGGACAAGACAAUUCAAACUGUUCAGACCCCAACAGCUGCACAAAGCCGGAGAAGAAGAGAAGAAGAGAGAGACGGCGUCUCUGAGGACUCAGAUAUCUUUAUAUCUAUCUAUAUAUAUUGAUAUAUAUAUACGACCAUCUUUCUAUAUCACUAUAUAUGGAGAGAUCUCUAAAUAGCCACAAACUGCACAUGGUGGGAUAAAGUAACAGCAUUUAGUUAUAAAUGUUUGUGUCACAGUAGAAAACCAAGAUUCAGUAUUUCUUUAUUGUCAUUGAGCCUGACAUGUCAAUGAAACGUGCAUUGCAGCCCCCAUGUUAGAAACAAGAUAAGAUCCUAAAAUAAAAUUAAGACACUAGAAUAAAAUAAACUAACAUGCAGUAAAAAAAUGUUCGGAAAUGCAAUUAAGCUACUUUAAUUGUCCCUGUGGGGAAAUUUUUCCUGGACUCUGUCCAGCUGCAGUUAAAAUGUAUUUAUAUAAAGAGACUUUAUUUAUCCCAAGCUGGGACAUUGCAGUGCAGCAGCAGCAUCACACACAGUGAAAUAAGACUAAAGAACAAACUAUUCAUAAAAUAGCAAACAGUAGUAAUGAAAAGUAUUGUACAAAAAACAGAAUAUCUACAGCAAAUGGCAGUGAGUAGAAAAUAAAGUUCACCGCGACUGUAACUAAAACACAGUGAAAAUUUGUUUAACAGGACCUUAAAGAACAAACUAUAUAUGAUAUCAAAAAUAUUCCAGUUCAUGUAUAUUUUAUAUACACACAUACACACAGCUACUUUGUAGCCUUCAGAUGAAAUACUGCUGGUCCUGAAGUGACGCGACCUGAACCCGGUUCGGUUCUGCACUACAUGAGGUCUGAGGUGAUGAACUCUGGGGGCACAGAGCUGUUAGCCGUUAGCUGCUAGCUACACGCCACAGACAGAAUGGAGACGGGGGUCAUUUCAGUGUAGAAGCUAAUACAACUAGCUACUACUAAUGCUAACAGACACGCUGCUGACGUUUAUGUGACGUUCAGGUUGGUCUGUACACACUCACCUGG